GCCGAACGGCGUGGUGCGCAGGCGCCCCAGCACUGCGAGAGCAAUGGACGCGCUGGAGUCGUUGUUGGAUGAGGUGGCCCUGGAGGGGCUCGAUGGCCUUUGUCUGCCCGCGCUGUGGAGCCGGCUGGAGACGCGAGUGCCGCCCUUCCCUCUGCCUUUGGAGCCCUACACGCAGGAGUUUCUGUGGCGGGCCCUGGCCACGCACCCGGGCAUCAGCUUCUAUGAGGAACCUCGCGAGCGGCCGGACCUCCAGCUCCAGGACCGGUAUGAAGAAAUCGAUUUGGAAACUGGGAUUUUGGAGUCCAGGAGGGACCCGGUCCCUCUGGAGGAUGUCUACCCCAUUCAUAUGAUCCUGGAGAAUAAGGACGGCAUCCAGGGCUCGUGCCGGUACUUUAAGGAGAGGAAAAACAUUACCAAUGACAUCCGGACGAAGGCUUUGCAGCCCCGCUGUACGAUGGAGGAAGCCUUUGGCAGGUGGGGGAAGAAGCUGGUCAGUGGCCUCCCAGGACAUGCGCUAUCGGGCCUUGAUAGGACUGGAGGGGGACCCCGACCUGAAGCUCCCUGACUUCUCCUACUGCAUUCUGGAGCGACUGGGCCGGUCCCGCUGCAAGGGGAGCUCCAGCGAGACCUGCACAGCACGGCUUUCAAGGUGGACGCUGGGAAGCUCCACUACCAUAGGAAGAUUCUGAACAAAAACGGGCUUAUCACGAUGCAGUCACAUGUGAUCCGAUUACCCACCGGAGCUCAGCAGCACUCAAUUCUCCUCCUCCUGAACCGGUUUCACGUGGACAGGAGGAGCAAGUACGACAUCCUCAUGGAGAAGCUUUCCUCGGUGCUCGGCACACGGAACAACCAGAUCGAGACUCUGGGAAAGCUGCGGGAGGAGCUGGGGCUGUGCGAACGGACGUUCAAGCGUCUGUACCAGUACAUGCUGAAUGCGGGCCUGGCGAAGGUGGUGUCCCUUCCCUUACAAGAGAUCCACCCUGAAUGUGGACCUUGCAAGACAAAGAAAGGGACUGACGUCAUGGUGCGCUGCCUCAAGCUGCUGAAGGAGUUUAAACGGAAGAUGGAGGACGACCAGGAUGACGACGACGACGAGGAGGUCAUCUCCAAGGCCGUGCCUCCCGUGGACGUCGUGUACGAGCGGGACAUGCUCACGCAGACCUACGAACUCAUUGAGCGCAGAGGCACAAAGGGAAUUUCCCAAGCUGAAAUCCGAGUGGCCAUGAAUGUGGGAAAACUGGAAGCCAGAAUGCUGUGUCGUCUUCUUCAGAGAUUCAAAGUCGUCAAGGGAUUCAUGGAAGACGAAGGGCGGCAGCGGACCACCAAAUACAUCUCCUGCGUGUUCGCGGAGGAGAGCGACCUCAGCCGGCAGUACAAACGAGAGAAAGCCCGCAACGAGCUGCUAACCACCGUGAGCUUGGCCUCCGUGCCCGACGAGUCCCUCCUGCCCGAAGGAGAUGACACUUUCCUCUCCGACUCCGACAGUGAGGAAGAGAGGCGCAGCCGCAGCAGCAAGAGGAGAUGCAGGGGACCCCAAGGGGACGUGAAGUCCUCCUCGAGCGCAGGUCUCGGGCCCCAGCCUCACCACUCCACCCCCACUAAGGGUGGGUGGAAAGGAAACCUUCGCCCGUUGAAGAAGCAGCCGUCUUGGUCCCCAGGAGCUGCUGAAGACAAAGCGUGCCGGAGCUCCGUCAGCAGUGACACCGUCCUGGACACCAGCAGCUCCUCAGACCCCAGCGUGUCCUUUGACUGCAACUGCUUGAAGAGUAGCAGUGGCAACAUAGCUGUGAUCGAAGAGGUGAAGCUCGAAAACCCGAAGGACGGUAGCAGUUCCCAGAAGUCCGGGAAGCAUGGCACAGGCCAAGACAAACCCCAUGAGACUUACCGGCUGCUGAAACGCAGGAAUCUCAUCAUAGAAGCCGUCACCAACCUCCGCCUAAUCGAGAGCUUGUUCACGAUUCAGAAAAUGAUCAUGGACCAGGAGAAGCAGGAAGGUGUCUCCACCAAGUGCUGUAAAAAGUCCAUCGUACGGCUGGUGCGGAAUCUGUCUGAGGAAGGCCUGCUGAGACUAUAUCGGACGACGGUCAUUCAAGACGGCAUCAAGAAGAAGGUGGACCUGGUGGUGCACCCCUCCAUGGACCAGAACGACCCCUUGGUGAGAAGUGCCAUCGAGCAAGUUCGUUUCCGGAUCUCCAAUUCCAGCACCGCAAGCAGGAUUAAAGUGCCCCAGCCUCCAGCGCCUCAAGGGGAGGCCGAAGAAGAAAGCCAAGGAAAAGAAGACCCGAGCGGACCAAGAGGCUCCCAACCGAAUGUUGCCUCUAAAUCAGAGAGUGGACGGGUGAAAAAAACUGACAAGAAAAUGGGCAUAACCCAGCUUAAAAAUUACAACCCUGUUGUAGUUCCUGGACUGGGGCGUUCUCUAGGGUUUCUGCCCAAAAUGCCUCGCCUGCGAGUGGUCCACAUGUUUCUUUGGUACCUGAUCUACGGGCACCCUGCCAACAACAGAGCGGAGGAGCUGGGCGACGGCAGUGAAAGAAGAACCGGAAAGCAGGGGCUGGGCCGGCCGGGAGCCCCACCCUCCUCAGGGCAGGACCUGGAGGCCUCCUCCGACACCCCACCUGCGGACAGCCAGGACGAAGCCCUCAGGGAGGCUGAAGUGGAGCUCGCCACAGAGACAGUUUAUGUGGAUGAAGCCUCGUGGAUGCGCUAUGUCCCUCCCAUCCCCGUCCACAGGGACUUUGGCUUCGGCUGGGCUCUCAUCAGCGACAUUCUCCUCUGCCUGCCCCUGUCCAUCUUUAUCCAGAUUGUGCAAGUCAGCUACAAGGUCGACAACCUCGAGGAGUUCCUCAACGACCCUCUGAAGAAGCACACGCUGAUCCGCUUUCUCCCCAGGCCCGUCCGGCAGCAGCUUCUGUACAAGAGACGCUACGUUUUCUCGGUGAUGGAGAGCCUUCAGAGGCUCUGCUACAUGGGGCUGCUACAGUUCGGUCCCACAGAAAGGUUUCAGGAUAAAGAUCAGGUCUUCAUUUUCCUGAAGAAGCACGCGGUCAUCGUGGAUACCACCAUCUGCGACCCACACUACAACCUCGCCCAAAGCAGCCGGCCCUUUGAGAGGCGCCUCUGUGUCCUGAACUCCAUGCAGGACGUGGAAAACUUUUGGUUUGAUCUGCAGUGUGUCUGCCUCAACACCCCGUUAGGCGUGGUGCGUUACCCGCGUACGCGGAAGCACAGCAGCCCCGGCGAGGGCAGCGACGAGGAGGACAGCCUGCAGAAGGAGCAGGAGAGCGCCAUGGAUAAGCACAACCUGGAGCGCAAGUGUGCCAUGCUGCAGUACACCACGGGCAGCCGCGAGGUCGUGGAUGAAGGCUUGAUCCCUGGAGAUGGGCUGGGAGCUGCUGGGCUUGACUCCAGUUUCUACGGACACCUGAAGCGGAACUGGAUCUGGACCAGCUAUAUCAUCAACAAGGAGAAAAAGGAGAACAGCAUUUCAGAAAACGGCCUCACGGUGAGGCUGCAGUCGUUCCUGUCCAAGCGCCAGUUGCCCCUCGGGGCUGGAGGCAAUGGCCGGUUGAAUAUCUGGGGAGAAGCCAGAGCAGGAGCCGAGCUCUGUGCUGACCGUGACGAGCAGUGCGAGGUUGACCGGGAGCCCACGCUGGACCGGAACCGGAGAGUGAGGGGGGGGAAGAGUCAGAAGCGGAAGCGGCUGAAGAAGGACCCCGGAAAGAAGACCAAGAGGAAGAAAAAAGAAGACCUCGCGGAUGAGAAGAGCAAAAAGCCGCGUUACCACGACAAGGCGGACCAGACGGCCCUGCAGCGGAUGACGCGGCUGCGCGUCACGUGGUCCAUGCGGGAGGACGGGCUUAUCAUGCUUUGCCGCAUUGCCAGCAACGUGCUCAACUCCAAGGUCAAGGGCCCGUUUGUCCCCUGGCAAGUUGUACGGGACAUUUUACACGCUACCUUUGAAGAGUCUUUGGAUAAAACGUCGCAUUCGGUGGGACGAAGAGCUCGCUACAUAGUGAAAAACCCACAAGCCUACCAGAACUACAAGGUGUGCCUGGCCGAGGUGUACCAGGAGAAAGCCCUCGUUGGAGAUUUCAUGAGUCGGAAAGGUGACUAUGAAGACCCGAAGGUUUGUGCCAACGAGUUUAAAGAAUUCGUGGAGAAGCUUAAAGAGAAGUUCAGUUCAUCGCUAAAGAAUCCUAACCUUGAAAUCCCAGACACACUCCAGGAGCUGUUUGCCAGAUACCGAGUUCUGGUGAUUGGAGAUAAGAAAGACCAAAUCAGGAAAGAGGAUGAACUUAAUAGUGUGGACGACAUCUACUACCUGGUUCUGCAGAACCUGAUCCAGAGCACGCUGGCCCUCUCAGACAGUCAGAUGAAGUACUGCCAGUCAUUCCAGACCUUCCGCCUGUACCAGGAGUACAAGGACCAGAUUCUCGUCAAGGCUUUCAUGGAGUUCCAGAAAAGGAGCUUGGUCAACCGGCGCCGGGUCAGCCACUCGCUGGGCCCGAAGAAAAACCGGGCUUUGCCCUUUGUGCCAAUGUCCUACCAGCUGUCCCAGAGCUACUACAGGAUCUUCACCUUGGCGGUUUCCAAGCACCACUGCACAGAAUCGUUUCAGUUCUUCGACAGAAUCCGCGCUGCCGGCAAGUGGGACCAGCCUGAUAGAUUUUCCUUCAAAGACCAGGACAAUAACGAUUCCCCGAGUGUGGUGGCGUUUUCGCUGGACGGCCCUGGAGGACACUGCGUGGCCGCCCUGACCCUCCUCUCUCUCGGCCUCGUUUCCGUGGACGUCAGGAUCCCCGAGCUUGUCGUGCUGGACAGUUCAAUGGUGGAGAACGAGGUCAUUAAAAGUCUGGGGAAGGACCGGGCCCUGGAAGAGGAUGAGGACGAGGACGACCUGGAUGAGGACCCGGGCGCCAAGCGCCGGGGCAUCGAGGUGAAGGCGCGUCAGGCCUCGCACACCAACUACCUGCUGAUGAGGGGUCACUGUGCCCCCGGCAUCGUCGGCACCCGCAACCUGAACCCCAACGACAGCAUCGUGGUGAACUCCUGCCACGUGAGCUUCCGGCUGCGCCGCAGCCCCACACCCAUCCAGCUGGGGCCCACCGCCCCUUCUCUGGAAGACCUAUCAGUGGGAACCUCCUGCCUCCCGGACAUCUUCACCAGGCUGAUAAACCCCCAAGAGGACACUUGUAGCUUGGACGAGUUUGUCCACCAGGUGGAGCUGUCCGGGUACAAACCUGCAGAUGUGGCGGCCGCCUUGGAGGUCCGGGCUGCCAUUGCGGCUGCCGGCUGCUUUGGGGUGGACAGGGCGGCGCUGAGCACACAGUUCUCCUCCUUGGACACGGCCGACGGGGAGCGUACCAGGGCCUUCGCAGACUACGUGCAGGACCUCUUGGAGCGACAUCAGGUGCUGGAAGUCGGCGGCAACUCCAUUCGCCUGGUGACCAUGGCCUCGGCCCAGCCCUGGAUCCUGCGGUCGGUGCUGCCGAAAGGGAAAGAGGAGGAGGAUACUGACACUCAAAGAGAAGACCCCCAGGCCAGACCUCCGGAGGGCCCUUCCAGCGAGGACGACACCCGCGGACAGGCAGGCACCCCCUCUCAGGGCUCCCAGGGCGGCAAGAGGCGUGCUGGCUGGGCGAGCACCGACGCGGCCUGUCCGCCCGGGGAGGCUGACUCCGACAGUGCCCAGAAGCCCCCGGCAAAGCGGCCCACGCUCCAGGACGUGCGCUUGGGCCCCGGCCCCAGAGCGGAGGAGGCGACAGAAACCCCGGUAUGUGCUCUGCCCGUCGCUCCUGAAGAUGCAGGUGCAGAGGAGUCUCUCCCAGGAGCAUCAGAAGCCCAGCAAGAGGACCAAGAUGGUGUCGGGGGACCCGGCUCCCCAGGCCGAGAGCCUCUGAGCUGUCAGGCCCAGCUUUCCGAGGGCUCGGAAGACCCCGAGGGUUUGGCGGAGACUCCUGUGGCUGGCAGCGUCCUGCAAGCCAUGCAGGAAAGGGACUGUGAGACCAUCUGCUUCCUCAGCCGCCCAUGGCGCGUCGUGGACGGGCAGCUGAACACGCUGGUGUGCAAGGGCAUGAUGGAGGCCGUGCUCUACCACAUCAUGAGCAGGCCGGGCGUCCCCGAGAGCUGCCUGCUGCAGCACUACGACGGCGUCCUGCCGCCCGUGGCUGUGCUCGAGCUGCUGCAGGGCCUGGAAUUCCUUGGCUGCAUCAAGAAGCGCUUGCUGAGAAAGCCGGCGGCCGUCUCGCUCUUCUCCAAGCCCACAGUGGCAGAGGCAGAUGUGCCCUCCAGCCCAAGCGAGAGCUGCAUGGUGUUCUACGAGCCCACACUGGACUGCACCCUCCGCUUGGGCCGCGUGUUCCCCCAUGAGGGCAACUGGAACAAGUGGGUCCACUUAUGAGGCUCGUGUGGCCCUCUCGACCCUCCCUUCCCUGCUGCUGGCUCCUCAGGAGUGAGCUUUCCUGGGCCGCGGCCUCGGCCACGCUGGUGCUGUGGCCUGGAACUCCGGGAAGGGGCCUCCCGCCUGCCUGCUCCUCCUCCUGCGCUGGCCUGGGGGCCCUGGAGUUGUGGGGCCCCACCCUCGGCCUCCACGGUUCCCGAGACGUGGCUGCCCAGGCCCCGAGCGUCCUGUGUGGAUCUCAGGGCUGCCAGCUGUUGGCCAGUGCGGAUCAGGGGCUCUGGGUUUCAGGGUUCUCCCCGUCCACACACACACGUUCCUGAUUAUUCCAGCAGCACGACAGACUCACCUUGGCUCCCCAGAAAGACCAAGUGGCCCUGAGUGGUGGAGCCCUGUGGGGACGUGUCUCAGAACGGGGGCUGUGUGCCCCACUGCCAGGCACCCCAGGACACACUUACUCCUCUCCUGCCCGAACAGCUGACCCCUGAGGCUGUGUCACCCAGAUGGGAGCCCUCGGGUCCCUUUGUAGCCGAACGAGCCACGUGGCAGGCCUCCCGCUGGGAGGGUGCACCCUCUCCCGCUGGCUAGAAACCAGGAAUCCCUGUAGGUUUAGGGGUUUGUUUGUUUUCUUUUUCAGUCUCUUUCCUCAUUUAGAAAAACAAAAACAAAAAUCCCCUGGCAUGUAUUUAUUUAUUUUUUAAUUAAAGUGAAGUAAAUGCAUUUAGUUAUAUGUGUUUCCUAAAGAGUCUGGUGCCCGGAGGGAUUCGUUGUCUUCAGCUGCAAAGGAGCCAGGAGUGGACAUCCCCAGUAAAACCAAAGGACGAGGACGGGCUGUGGCUGGGCCCUCCCGCCUCUCCCCCUCAGUGGAGCCACACCUGUCCCUUGACAGAGAAACUCGUGUAGGUGGCAGAGGACGCAAGCCUGUGGCAUGGAUUUUUUUUUUUUUUUUUAGUUGCCAACAUAAA